AUGGACCAGCUAUCAUCCCACCUCGGCUCCCGGCUCGGCAGCCUCGCCGAGAAGCUCCGAGGCAGCACGAAAGCGAAAUACGGCGACAAACCAGGUUGGAACCCCAAGAGGGACGAGUCUCCGCCGCUCGUCGCCAUGGACUUCACCGGUAGCAGGGGACGGAUCAUCGACAAUCCCCGGGAGGCCAGAGCCGUGGCCGCAGCUGAGUUUCGCGGCUGGAAGAGGAAACUUCCGCGGUCCACGUCGGCGUGCGGGCCAUACUCGAGUGCCGUGGCGGGCGCCCCUCAACACGCGCAGCCCUGGUUCCACGGCUCGCUGCAGCGGGAGACUGCGACGCUUUUGCUGCUAAAGCACGCCACAGAAGACGGCGCCUUCCUGGUGCGUCGGAGCCUGAGCAGACUGGACACCUUCGUGCUCAGCUACCUGUUCCACGGCGAGGUGCGUCACGUCCAGAUCGAGACGCUGGGCGAGGACUGCUUCUCCAUCGACUCCGGUCGGACCAAGUUCUCCUGCCUGCAGCAACUCGUGCAGUUCUACCAGCUGAACCAAGGAAACUUGCUCACUAGGCUCGGCCAGUGCCUCAAGAGCGAAAAACCCAAAGAGUUUGUCUAG